UGGUCGCUAGCAGCGCCACCCACUGACUGGAGGAAAGAGCGGCGCGUCUGGCUUAGGAGAGAAAGGGAAAUGGCGGCCGGCGGCGGCUGUGCCUGAUCCGAGGGAGAGAAAGACAACUAGUGCCGCUGCCUCGGGGCAGCCGAUAGGAACAGGGGGUGACAGGGCAUCCGGUCUGGGAACAUGGUGGGGACCCGGCGGAGCUCUGUGCUCAAAGGCUCGGACGGGAGGUUCAUCUCAUCCCGCACCCGCUCCAGUCAGAACCGGCCCACCGGGAAGCCGGCAAAGAAGGAUCCCUGCAGCGACAGUAGUCUGAGUGACAGCCAUUUGUCCCCUCCUGCCAAACGCCCCUGUAAACAUGUUGAACCCGUGUGUAAAGAAAGCCCCCAAACUCGUGCCGCCAAACAGCGAGAGGGCUGGAGUAUUGCAACCAGGAGGUCAAGAUUAUCGUCUCCAACUGGUGCUACAUUACCAAACAGCCACAGUAAUUUAUCUCUUAGAAGCCACCCACGACUUGUGGAGAAGGAGGGAAGUGGAGACCACUCGUGUAUUAAUGGACGGGAAGUUCGAAGAAGCUGCAGGCCCAAGAGCAAUAGAUUUGAGACUCUGAAUCAGAGCUUACUAUUUGAUCAGCUUGUAAAUAGCACCGCUGAAGCUGUAUUGCAGGAAAUGGACAACAUCAAUAUCCGGCGCAGUGGCAAAUCCAGGGAGGUGGAGCGGCUCAGGAUGUGGACCGAUACUGAAUUUGAGAACAUGGACAUGUAUUCCCGUGUUAAGAGGAGAAGAAAAAGCCUUCGUAGAAGUGGCUAUCCAAUUAAAAACCUCCAUGAGGAAUCCACUGAAGGCGAGGAAGAGGUUUCAGAAGAGUCACAGGAAGAAGGAGAAGAUGGAGAUGAAGAAGCUGAGGUUGAAGGAGAGGAAAACGAUCGGCCAUAUAACUUGAGGCAGAGGAAAACUGUGGAGCGAUAUCAAGCGCCUCCUAUUGAACCAGCACAUCAAAGGAAGAGACCGAGCACUUUGUUCGACACUCAUAGAUCUCCUGCACGAAGAAGCCAUAUCAGGAGAAAGAAGCAUGCAAUACACAGCAGUGACACAACCUCCUCUUCAGAUGAAGAACGGUUUGAGAGGAGGAAAUCUAAAAGCAUGGCCAAAGCAAGGAACAGGUGCUUGCCUAUGAACCUUCGAGCGGAGGAUUUAGCUAGCGGAAUACUGCGUGAGCGUGUAAAGGUUGGAGCCAGCCUGGCUGAUGUAGAUCCAAUGAGCUUAGAUAGAUCAGUGCGGUUUGAUAGUGUGGGUGGACUCAGUGAACACAUUUAUGCAUUAAAAGAAAUGGUUGUAUUUCCCCUUCUGUAUCCUGAGAUUUUUGAGAAGUUCCGAAUACAACCACCGAGGGGCUGUUUAUUCUAUGGCCCCCCUGGCACAGGCAAAACGCUAGUUGCGAGAGCUCUUGCCAAUGAAUGCAGCCAAGGCGAUAAGAAGGUUUCUUUCUUUAUGCGCAAAGGAGCCGACUGCCUGAGCAAAUGGGUUGGGGAAUCCGAAAGGCAGCUACGGCUCUUGUUUGACCAAGCAUAUGUGAUGCGGCCGGCUAUUAUAUUCUUUGAUGAAAUAGAUGGGCUGGCUCCAGUUCGUUCCAGCAGACAGGAUCAGAUACACAGCUCUAUAGUGUCUACCUUACUUGCACUUAUGGACGGACUGGACAACAGAGGCGAAAUCGUCGUUAUUGGUGCUACUAACAGACUUGAUUCAAUAGAUCCCGCACUCAGGAGACCUGGUCGAUUUGACAGGGAGUUUCUUUUCAGUUUACCUGAUCAGAAGGCAAGAAAGCACAUUUUAGAGAUACACACGAGGGAUUGGGACCCCAAGCUGUCUGAUUCGUUCCUAGAGGAACUAGCUGAAAAAUGCGUUGGCUAUUGUGGAGCCGACAUUAAAGCACUUUGCACUGAGGCUGCCUUGAUUGCCCUUCGCCGGCGCUACCCACAGAUUUAUGCCAGCAGCCAAAAGCUACAACUGGACAUUUCUUCGGUUGUUCUUGGUGCCCGCGAUUUUUACCAUGCAAUGAAAAACAUUGUGCCUGCUUCUCAGCGUGCUGUCAUGUCUCCUGGGCAUGCCCUGUCUCCGGUUAUUAGGCCACUGUUAGAAAGGACAUUUUCCAACAUACUGCGUGUCUUGCACAAAGUGUUCCCACAUGCAGAGUUCAGCCAAAACAACAAGAAUGAUGUUGCUGCAAGCCUCCUCCUAGACGAUUGUGAAGAUGAGAACACUUUAUCGAUAUUUGAUGUAAGUUGUGCCUCAGGAUCACCAAAGAAACAGCCAGCUGCUCUCCACAAGCCCUUUCUCCACUUUACCAUGUCAGCUUGUUACCAGCCGACUUCCUAUCGGCCCAGGCUUCUGCUGUCUGGAGAUCCUGGCUCAGGUCAAACCUCGCACCUUGCCCCAGCUGUGCUGCACACUCUCGAAAAGUUUUCUGUGCACAGAUUGGAUCUACCGACACUUUAUUCUGUCAGUGCUAAAACUCCUGAGGAGUCCUGUGCCCAGGUGUUCCGGGAAGCCCGGAGAACGGUGCCCAGCAUUGUUUACAUGCCCCAUGUUGGUGAUUGGUGGGACGCAGUCAGCGAUACUGUCAGAGCUACCUUUUUGACACUCCUACAAGAUAUACCAUCUUUCUCUCCAAUACUUCUGUUGUCUACCUCUGAAACUGUGUACAGUGAACUGCCAGAGGAGGUGAGAUGCAUAUUCCGAAUCCAGUAUGAAGAGGUAUUUGUUAUUCAUAGACCAAACCAGGAAGACCGGAUAAAGUUCUUUCAGGACAUCAUACUCCAUCAGGCAGCAAUGCCCCCUCCACGGCACAAGAAAGCUGUUCUACAGUCUUUGGAAGUCCUGCCUCUUGCGUUGCCACCUCAAAUCCGACAGCUCUCUGAGGCAGAAAAACAAAGGAUGGAGGAUCACGAGGAGAAUACGCUUCGGGAGUUGCGAUUGUUCCUCAGGGACGUCACCAAACGGCUGGCCACCGACAAGCGCUUUAGCAUCUUCAGCAAACCGGUUUCGGAUUACCUUGAAGUCAUCAGAAAUCCCAUGGACCUUUCUACUAUAAUGAUGAAGAUAGAUAAACACCGUUAUCUGACAGCCCUGGAUUUCCUGCAGGACAUUGACCUUAUCUGCAGCAAUGCCUUGGAAUACAAUCCCGACAAAGAACCGGGAGAUAAAAUCAUCAGGCACCGUGCCUGCACCCUGAAGGACACCGCACAUGCCAUCAUUGCUGCUGAACUCGAUCCAGAGUUUAACAAACACUGUGAAGAAAUUAAGGAAACCAGAGCAAAACAAGGUCUUUUGGCAAGUACAGAGCAAUUACAUUCUCAGAGUUCUGCCGCUCGCAAGGCCGAGGCGGGAGCAGAGGAAGGAUUUCGGAGCAAACACAGGACAUCAUUAGAUGUUGGAAGCCACUCUGGAACCAAGUGUGCAUUUUCUCUUAGGAGAAAGCCAAAGCGGAGGCCACAGUGGGGGCGAGGCAUUAUUAAGAAAAAGAAGUCCAGCUACUGUUUGAAGAAAGAGUUUGAGGAUGCCAAGUUCAAUGACUAUGAAAAUCAUGAAGAUGGCCUGGAAAAUGGGGAUCUGGAGAACAGCACAGACUGCCUGGAAGAGAAUGGAGAAGAAACUGGAGACCUUUCCGUAACCAAUGAUGAGUCCUCCUGUGACAUCAUGGACGGGGAAGCCGAGCACCCAAAUGGCACCCUAGGCAAAGAAAGUAGCGUGGUGUCCACAGAGGAGGAAAGCUCAAAUGAAUCAUUGUUAGUAAAUAGCAAUCCAACCAUGAAAAAGGAAACUGAGCCUGCCAAGAGUCCAUCUUUUGCUCCGGACUGUUUAAAUGGCAAUGCUUCUAUAGACAGCUUGGAAUCGGCAUCAGAACUGCAAAAUGGCAAGGGAAAAGUCAGUUCCCUCUUGGCCAGUGAUGAAAAGCAACAAAACUCAACAUUUUCUGAACAUUCUGCUCCACACGAAAACCCCAUUGUUAAUUGUAACAGUUCAGCAAUAUUGGAUGGCAGUAAAAUGCAGCAGCACACAUACUCUGGGCCUACACAAACUAAUGAACCUGUGAGUGUAGACAUGGAGAAUGACCAAGAAGCAGCUGAUUCUGUGAGAACAGCACACAAGGAUCCAGUGUCAGAAGAUCAGCCAGACCCUGAGCCUCCAUUGGUGGUGGAUCACGAGAGACUUAAGAAACUUCUUGAUGUAUUGGUGAAAAAAAGCCACGACUCAACAGUUGAUCAGCUUGAAAGGUGGUAUUCCCUUCUCAGCCAGUGUAUCUAUCUGCACAGGAAGGAGUACGACAAAACAAAGCUGGUCGAGGACUUGGAGCGAACAGUUCACAUGUUUGAAACAUUCCUGUGAAAAAGCUGCCAAAGCAGCCGGGUUCAUCUACUCACUGCUCGAUGGAGAGCAAGCCCACUGAGCUAUCAGAUAUUUAUUUUCAGUGGCACCAAGCUGGCCUCUGAGCCUUGUUCUCCGUUGUUUUGACCUCUCCCCACCCCAACUGUUUAAGAAAAAAAAAAGAUUGGUGCUAUUGUCUCAGGUACCUGAUGCCAACCAGCCUACUAGAACCAAACAGAACUCCAUCCUCCUCAUGGACAAAAAAACCCACAAUCCCACAGCUUGAAGAUUAGCGGUGCUAAUGUGGGGUGGACUUGAAAAAAAAAACACUGCUUCGUUUCUCCACUUUCCUAAACCUUCAAAAAGUUUUUAAAACUCACUUAUGUGAGGAGAUACCGUGGAAAACUGGAUCACACACACCAGACACUUGUAUUCAUGUUGUUUUCUGGCUAACGUUCAUCAAUUCCCAUUCAUCCUUUCAGUCAUGGGACACUGGGCUGCCUAUUGUCAAACCUGGAGAAGGAUAGAACGCUCCCCUCCCAUGGCUGCGCUUUUUGUGCCUUUUUUUUUUUUUUUUAAAGCUAACCUAGUAUAUUGGAUGGUUUUUAUUGUUUAAGGGUGGCCUGGGAUUGGGGUAUGUAGUUGCCACAAAAUCUCUCUGCCUGGUGAAAUAAUUUGACUUGGGGUAUGAAAUGGGAACAUCAUUUUUGGCACUAAUGGUGGUGUCUAUUGCUUGUUUGGGGUUCAGGGGUCCCUUUUGUCCCUCUCCUACACUUCCUAGGUUGUACAUAUUCUAGCUGAAUAGCAAGCAGAUUUGCCUAUUGAUAGGGCAGGGUAAUAUCACCAAUCGAAAUAGCUUUUAUUUAAAAACAUCAAGGGGGUUAUUUAUCAAAAUCCGAAUUUAUCUAAUUUUUUUCUAACAUACUCCCAAAAAAUUCCAGUGCAGACAGAAAAUCUGGAAAAUCUUCUGAAAAUUCAAAUUGUUCGGAUUUUCCACCUGAAAACUCAGAUUUUUUCAGCUUUUUGCCCGAAAACCACAAAAUCUUCAGAUUUUUGCUCGAAACCCAGCACAGAUCAGGAUAUCUUUCGGGACUACUCCCAUUGACUCCCAUACAACCUUGGCUGGUCUGAGAUGCCGGAUUUUUGGAUUCUGACUUUUUCUAUCCUCUGGGUAUAAUAAAUCAUGAAAAAUUAAGGGUUUUUUUUCACUGAAAAUUCAGAUUUUAUAGUAAAAAAAAAAAAAAAACUAGAAUUUUUGGAGUUUUUGGCAUUCAGUCUUUCAUAAAUAACCCCCUUAGUGUCCUAUAUGAAUGGGUUUGCCUAUAAUUAGAGCCGCAAGGGAAGGAGUCUGGGAGCUGUCAGACAUUUAUGGAACAACUUUAUUUCACAAAUUUAUUUGGAGAUGGUAUUGCUUCUCAUAGGAUGCAGGAAAGCCUUGAACGUACUACUUGUACUGAGUUGUGUUAUUAGGUUAUAUUUGGCUCCAAUUCUAUGAGGUUUCUGCUAUUUUGGGAAUAUUAGUUAUAGGGAUGCACCAAAUCCAAGAUUCGGCCAGUAGUUGGCCUUUUUCAUCGGGAUUCGGCGGAAUCCUUGUGCCUGGCCGAACCAAACCCAAAUCCUAAUUUGCAUAUGUAAAUUAGGGG